AUGGCCCAAAAUAGUCCGAACAACUCAACAUUGACUAUAUCCCCUUUGGUAACAAGGAGAUCCCGAGAUUAUUUCAAGACCCCUCCUCCACUGGGUAACAGGCGGCGAAUUUUUUCGGGGUCACAUAGAAUAUUCUCAUCUCCAAAUUCACAGCAUAUUGUGAAUGGCAGUUCCUUACAAAAAGCUAAAGGAAGCUAUUCGGCUACCUCUGAUAACUUAGAUGUAGAAGGUGCUAUAAAGCAUGCAACAGCAAUAGCAAAUGAUUCUGAUCAGGUAAAGCAAGACGAGCUUUCAUCCUUUGUGAAGGAUCAUGACAGCACAGGGUUGGUGACAGAUAAUACUGAUCAUGAGGAUAUACCAUUGACACAAGCAGAUAAAUUAAGAUUAUGGCGUCAUGACGCCUUACUUCAACAUCAUUAUGCAACGGCAGUCUAUAUUGGUGAUAAAGUUCUCACAAUGACAAAUGACCCCAACGAUGCCUUUUGGUUAGCUCAGGUUUAUUACUCUAAGGGCGACUAUCAAAUGGCGAGAAAUCUUUUAUCUGGUUCGCAGUUCGAAGAAUCAGUGAGUUGUCGCUAUCUUUCUGGAUUGUGUCUCUUGAAACUAGAAAAAUAUGAUGAAGCAUUGGAUGUCGUGGGAGAAUCCAAUCCAUUUAAAAAGGAUCAUCACGUUAAAAAUACAGAUGGAGGAAUUAAAUUGGAAGCCUCGCUGUGCUAUCUUCGAGGUGUUAUCUACGCAAGGCAGAAUAAUUUUGAGAAGGCAAAAGAAAGUUAUAAAGAAGCUGUUGAGGUUGAUGUUAAAUGCUUUGAAGCCUUUCAUGAAUUAAUAAGUAAUUCAAUGCUUACUCCUGAUGAAGAAUUAAAUUUGGUAUCCCACCUAGAUUUCGAGGAUGCCGAUAAUAAUGCCGACUUGGUUAAGUUGCUCUAUACAACCUUGCUGAGCAAAUACGGAAACGUGCACAAAUUUGAAAAUGCUGAGCAGAGACUUAAAGAUGAGUACAAUUUGGAGGAAAAUGUUGAUCUCAUGCUUGCUAGAACAGACUUGCUCUAUGUUCAAUGCCGUUUUCAGGAUUGCCUUGAAUUGUGUCGGAAGAUUCUAUCUAAAGGGGAUCUAAAUUUGCAAGUUUUUCCAAAUUAUUUAAGUUGCCUAUAUGAAACCGGUGGAAAGAAUGAACUCUUCUUAGCAGCACAUAAACUCGCCGAAAACUAUCCUAACAGUUAUAUCACAUGGCUUGCCAUAGGUACAUAUUAUUUUUCCAUUGGAAAAGUCAAUGAAGCCAGACAAUUUUUUUCUAGGGCGUCUAUUUUAAAUCCAAGCUUUGGUCCAGCAUGGAUCGGGUUCGCACAUACAUUUGCCGUCGAAGGGGAGCAUGAACAGGCAAUAAGUGCUUAUGCCACUGCUUCCAGAUUAUUUCCAGGAAGUCAUCUUCCAACAUUAUUCUUGGGUAUGCAAUACUUACAAAUGAAAAAUAUUACGUUAGCACAGGAAUAUCUUAAUUUAUCUUUGGGAAUUUGUUCAUUAGAUCCCCUCCUUCUCAAUGAGCUGGGCGUUUUGUACUAUAACGAGGGUGAUCUUAACAAAGCUGAGGUUUUUCUUCAGAAGGCACUUUUAUCAUCUCAAAACCUCGAUUCAGGUGCAAAAGCAUGGUGCUCGAUUCAUUGCAAUCUUGGCCAUGUUUACCGUCGCGAGAAAAGGUAUCGUUUGGCAAUUACACAUUUCAAUGAAGUUUUACACAUGUCUAAAGGUGAAUCUGACGUUUAUUCAUCAAUGGGAUUAAUAUACUUGAAGCUGGGACAUGUCUCACACUCAAUUGGUCUUUUGCACUCUGCAUUAGCCAUAAAUUCAACCGAUGCAAUUGCUACUGAAUUGCUAAACAAAGCAUUGGAAAUCAAUUUGAAAUUGAGAAAUUCUAAAUUUAUAGAUGAAAAUACCGGUAGCGUUCUUGAAAAUAAAACAAAAGAACAAUACGUGAAAAGGCGGCCUUCUAACUUCAGUACCCCAAAGGACAGCAAAAAUGAUUCACAAUUCAUUAGAGAGAGCAUUGACAAUAUAAGCUUUGUUGCUAGUGAUCCUUCUGGAGUUGAUAAUGAUAAUGAUAACGGGGAUGAUGUGAUGGAAUUAGAUACCGAUUAA